AUGGCGACUAGUAAUCCAGGUGUCGGCUUCGAACUCCCUACAAAAAAGGUCUCAUGGCUGAAGCGAGACGUCCUCCUCUUCAACAUCAGCAUAGGAUGCACUGCAGAUGAGCUCCAUUUUCUCUAUGAAGGACACCCCAGAUUCUCGACCUUUCCAACCUUUCCUCUUGCCCUGGCCUUCAAAGGCAACAGUCAGGAGGUGAUUGACUUCUACUCCGCCCAAACCAUCACCGAUAUCCCAGGGUGUCCUAAACUCGACCCAGUCCGACUCGUCGAUGGACAACGGUUGAUCAGAUUUCUCAAACCAUUACCUACCACCUCGGCAGGAAGGUCGUUUGAAUUGCGAGAGAAAGUCAUCGGUGUCUAUGACAAAGGCAAAGCCGGAACCGUGGUCGAGACCGAGCAACGUCUUAUUGACGUCGCAACACAAGAAACAUAUACUCAGAUCAUAGGGAGUUUGUUCUACGUCGGCCAGGGAGGAUGGAACGGUCCGAGAGGGCCCAAGGCUCCGGAGUGGUUGCCUCCGCGGGAUCGUGGGCCUGAUGGGACGAUUGCUAUUGACGUUUCUCCUUGGGCGGCGCAUCUUUAUCGGCAAGUUUUGUUGAAUGGAGACUACAAUCCUCUCCACGCUACUCCCGAGCCCGGAAACCUCAUGGGCUACGGCGGCAUCAUUGUCCACGGUGUGGCUGCUUAUCAAAUGGUUGCCCAUGCCUUUUUGAAAAAACUCGGGGCCAGCGACCCCGCGAAUAUCCGGGAAUUUCAGGCCAAAUUCGCCGGUCCUGUCCGGCCUGGCGAUCGACUACAGGUGGACUAUUGGAGACUUGGCAGAGACAGCGAAGGGUGGGAAGAAAUCAGGUUUCUGUUGAAGGGUCGGAAUGAUGGCAAGAUCCGACUUAGCAAUGGUUGCGCACUCUUGAAAACUCAAGGUCAAGGUCCAGGUCCGCGAGGAAGCAAAAACACCACUGGCAGUAAGCUAUGA